AUGUACUCCGCCGGCUACGGCUUUAGCAACAAUGCUGCUCCCUCUUUCAACAACCCUGCCCCACAGCAGCAGUCCGGAGCCCAGCCAGCCGCUCAGCAGAUGAUGUAUAACCAGCAGCAGCAGUUCGCCGGCAUGACGCCUCAAGGAGGCUUUAACCCUGGCGCGAAUCCUCAAAUGAUGGGUGCUGGCCCAGGAGGCAUGAUGCCAAACGCAGGAAUGCAGCAUAUGGCUGCCAAUGGUCAGAUGGCAGGUUUCCAACAGCAGUUCGCUGGUAACCCUUACGGUCAAGUCGUUCCCUCGUCAGUCGCUCCUCAGAAUUUUGCGCCGAAUUAUAUGAUGGGCGGAGGCAUGCAGGGCUUCCCGAUGAAUCAACCCGGGAUGCCCCAGAAUCCUCAAAUGAUGCAGCGAUUGCAACAGCAACAGCAACAGCAACAGCAAGCGCAGGCUCAAGCGCAGCAGCAGCAGCAGCAGCAACAGCAGCAGCAGCAGCAACAGCAACAGCAACAGCAACAGCAACAGCAACAGCAACAGCAACAACAAGCUGCUAACCCCGCUGGUAUGGGCCAGGUAUCGACCCCUCAAAGACCCCCGAGCGCCGCACAAGGAACACCAAACAAUGCUCUGCCUUCGCAGCAGGGUCAAUUCCCGACUCCUCAGCCUCCCUCUCAAAGCCAGACCCCCACAAACCAGCAGUCCCAACAACCACAGUCGCAGCAGCAGCAGACUCAACAAGCUCCGACACAAGCGCAAGGGCAGCAGCAGUCGCAACAACCCGUAUCUGCCGGAUUAUCGACACCCCAGACGCCAACCUUCUCUACAAAUCAAGGACCGGCUGUCAACGGAACUUUAACAGCGGCUCCGCUAAGCCCCGGUACCGAAUCUCGAGAUAAAGAACGAUUCGCAUUGCUGCUCGAUAUCAACCACGAGCUUCUCUAUGAAUCUAUACAAAUCCAGGCAACCCAACAAGAAUUGAAGAAGGAGAGCGCUGCAGCUGGAAACCCUGCCGAUAAAAAACCGACAGACGAGGAGUCACAACUACAGCAAGACUAUCUCCAAUGUAUGAGGAGAUUGCAAGCAAACUUGUCGUAUAUGGCCGCACUUGCGGAUCGAAAGCCCGAAGUUAAAGUUCCGCCCUGUCCAGCAUACCUCACUGCCCCUGCUCUGACUCUUUCGCUGAAACUCCGGGCCCCCGCUGUAGGACCUGAAGGUGCAGACAACAACAUCGACCCGGUCGCUGAUCGUGAAGAGCGAAACAAUAGCAUAAGGGACCUGUAUUCAAGAUUACAGGCUGUCUUCCCCGGCAUUGACCCGAAGAGAGAACCAGCUUACCGUAUGAAUACACAAGGCGGCCAGAAGCCUGCCAUGAUGGGAUGCCAGGCCAGCCCGACAGCACAAAGGACGCCAAAGAUCACGAAUAUGGGGGCACCUCCUAUGCCCUAA